AUGCCAUCAGCGAGUUCUCACUGUAAUAAGAGGGCCUCUACGGCUGAGCAGGCCGUGUUUGAAUAUUUCCCGCCAACUACUUUUGACAGUAUUAUGAAAUAUACAACCCAUGGAACGGUUUCUUUAAGUUCAAGAAACCCAGCGGAAAUCCUAGACUUGUUAUUGGCAUCAGGAGAACUUUGCCUUCAAGAUUUAUCGGAUCGAAUCCAAACCUAUCUCAUAGAACAAAAUACCCAAUGGACAAACACUCACUUUGUACUUGCAUAUCGAGCCGCAUUUCAGGAUGAAUCCUUCAGCCGGUUACAGGCAUACUGUAACGAGACAUUCGAGAAGCGACCGGAAGUCAUCUUUAAUUCAAGUGAUUUUGGCCUUAUACCGAAACGAGAUCUCCUACGUCUAUUGAAGCAGAAAAAUCCAACAGUACCACAAGUUCAAGUUUGGGAAAGUCUAAUCGAGUGGGGUCUCGCUCAGACACCUGGCUUACCAAAUGAUAUCGAUUCAUGGUCGUCCAUGCAUUGGUCGGACUUAAAACGUACCAUACGUGAUGCCGUCCCACUGAUAAGAUUUUGGAGAAUAUCGCCAAAUGAUUUCCUUAAUAAAGUUAUUCCGUUUGAGAAAGCUCUGCCACGUACCAUAUUUCAUGACAUACUACGACAUUAUUUAGUUCCACAACCACCGCCUCAAUACACUGCCUGUGCUGCGCCGCCCCCACCGUAUCCAGAGGUAGACUCGGCAAUCAUUAAUGCACACCAAGUUGGUAUGAUCGCAAAUUGGAUUGCAUGGUCAAAACAAACACCGCUCGAGUCGAAAGGUGGAUUCCAAUUCAAAUUGUUAUUACGCGGAAGUCAAGAUGGUUUCUCGCCAGUGCAAUUCCAUGAACGAUGUGACUCUAAAGGUCCAACAUUCGUAGUGAUAAAAGUACGCGGAACAGGACAAAUUAUUGGAGGAUAUAAUCCGGGUACCUGGUUAUCCGAAGUCAAGCUCUUCUCCACAUCUUAUCACAAUACGAACGAAAGUUUCAUCUUUUCUUUUGGUGUGCCGCGCGGUUAUGAUGAUGAGAAACAAAGUGAACCGGUUUGGAGCCGCAUUAAGGAUUCAACCAAGGCUGUCGGGCAAUAUGCACAUUUAGGUCCCGACUUCGGCGAGUCUGACUUGUCAAUGCAAGGGUUCGAUUAUCACAAUGAAAAGUUAUGUUUCUGUCGACAAGAUUCCUACGAGUUUCCAAUAAUGGGUGAUGGUCAAGAAAAAGUAUACUUUGCCGUUGAAGAAUACGAAGUAUUCGAAGUUAUUCUAAAGUAA